GAUGCUAAUAAUUAAGACACAAGAGGCAAUGACUCCUCUAAUAGUAGAAGCUUAGCCAGUAUUUGAGCUUCUUCUUCUUCCAACAGCUUGACUCUUUCAAAUCAGUGUUAAGAACACCUUUUUUUUGUCACAACUGCCAUUCAUUCAUUAAAAAAACUUAGUUUGGUGGGGGCAUUAAACCUGCCACAACCACCUAGUAUUCAUACAACAAUAAUGCAUUUCUUUGCAAGCAUAUCAGCCUCACUGUUCCUCUCUCUCGGAAUCCACUCAAAAGCAACACGAUCAAAGGCGCUAGCUAGUAUAUAGAUGUCUUCAACUAUGAACAAUGCUCAUGUACUAUAAAAGAGAGUUUAAGAUACAUUAAUACAAAUGUAGAAUGUGGUUAGAAAUUUUAAAACAUCACUAAAGAUUAUAAGGUUCAAUAUAUAAAACAUUUACCAAAAUUUAAUAUUUUCAUAAGGGUAUAUUUCUGUCAUAAAAAAAAGUCGUCGAAAAGAAAAAGAAUAAGUUUUUUUUAGCGAUUAUAUAUCCUCGUUUUGUUUUGACGACUUUUUAAAAAAUACUAAUUUCUACUCUACCCUCCAUUUAGAAAAAAAUUCAAAAAAUAUAACAAUAUUGUGUUAAUGUAUAGUCGCAUCCUACAUUAAUAUAUGAUGAUGUUGAAAGAGGUUUAGAGCCUUUGUUUUAUCCGUUUUUCAAGAAAAUAGUGAUUUUGUAGGGGUUAUUAGUAUUAUGAAGUUUUACUAAUUAAUUGAUAAAAAACAGAAUGAUUCUCAUGUACCAUAAAAAAAAGUUUAACAUAUAUUAAUACAAAUGCUUUAGUGUUGAUAAAAAUAUUAAAUUUUUGUAAAUAUUUUAUAAAAUCUAUGUGUUGACCCCAGUGGAUACACCGGUGUUAAAGAAGUCACAUUGCAUUUUUAGCAACAAAAAAACAGAGCACUAAAAAGGAGACUGAAGGAACGGUACUUGGUUGAGGUUUGAAUCCGUAGCACUUGUCAUGUUUCUUCCUAAUCAAUUACAUUUGCUUUAGAUGAUAAACCGACUUUAUUAUUAAUUUAAGUCCUAAUUAAAAUAAAUUGUUUAAUGAAAUCAAUCUACCGCAUGUCACACACGUAACCAUUUAUAUAACGGCUAUAAAUUUAAUACUAACGGCUACAAAUGGAAACUAAUAACCAAUAUAUACUUGUUAAUCUCUAUGACAUGAUCAACUCUUAUUACACAUACAGAGGUUGUCGGGAAAAAAACUAACAUAUACAGACCGAAAAACUGUUCAAGUUACUGAAAUUUUUUGUGGAUUUCAUAGAGAGAGCGCAGCAGCUACGAGACGGACGGGGAAGAUCGGGAAGGAGGAGGAGGAGAGCAAGAUGAUGACCGGCGGGAGGAACUACACACGUCUAUCAAUCGACAGCCAGAAAGUCUCUGGAUCUGUCUGUACCCCCUUCUAUGUUAUGUUUGUGUCGUCGGCUCUCAGACGAUGGUUCUUCUCAAGAGAGAGAGGUGUGAAGAUAUCACCGAGUCAUCAUCUUCUUAUCUGCUUCCAUAAACGUAAUGAAAGUAUUUCAUAUGGAGGGAGAGAAAUGCUAGGAUUUUUAUCUCUACUGCAACACCCCCUGCUGCUCUUCGUGUUUCACUGGAUCGUCUCAUUCGAGACCGUCUUCUCUCUGUUCUGUGGUGUGAGGCCGUUUGGAGUUUCUCUACUAGUGGCUGGGUAUGAUGACAAGGGUUCACAGUUGUGUCAGUGGAUCCGUCUGGCUCUUACUUCUCAUGGAAAGCUUCGGCCAUGGGAAAGAAUGUUUCGAAUGGCUCUUGAGAAGAGGUACACUGAAGACAUGGAACUUGAUGAUGCCAUUCUUGAUUCUGUAAAACGUUUGGAACUUGUUAAGACUCAGAGACCCAAUUUAGAAUCUGUUUUCUUUUUCCUACGUUUUAAAAUGUUCAAAACUUCCACAAUCAGAAGUCAUGCACACAAAUUAACUGGGCUAGAAUGAGAGAAGGAGAUUAAAAUCAAUUAAGCUGAGCCUUUUUUUUGGUUGACA